UCUGCAUAUUACCAACGAGAAAACGUAUUUUUCGCAGGCGCCAACGAACACUGCCCCGCCAAAUACUGAUUUCGGCGUAUGGUCUUGUACGCAGGGAAGCUAUAUCAAGAUGUGUUUAAGCAACCAAUUGGAAUAUUUCAACCUGAGACUGUAAAUUUAUGCAUCCGUCUUUUGGAAUCUGUCUGAAAUCUUAAGUUGUCAUCAUGAUUGGCGAGAGGAGAAAGAACUCAUUUUGUACUCGUCUUGUUUUAAUGUUAUGUUUAACCUGGGCUGCCGAGUCUCAAGCUGAAUUAUACCCUUAUGGCACCGGCAAUGCUGAUACUGCACUCAGCAAACAGAAUGACUUUGCACUACGCGUGACAUUGGACAGAGCCUUUCCUUUCGGUGGGAAAUACCACAGCACAUUAUAUAUAGGUGACAAUGGAGUUAUUUCUUUCGAUGAAGAAGUUUCCGCAGAAUCGGAUUUAGCCAGAAACAGAAUAAUACCUUAUUACUACGACGUUGACGGCGACGGAAGAAUUGAGGACCCAGAUACAAUCUUUGCAUUUUGGGCUGAUGUGGAUAUUACAGGUGACGGAGGUAACGUAUAUUACCGCGUAACAACCAGCACUACAACACUCAACCAAGCGACUGCAGACGUCCAAACUUAUUUCCGGAGCAAUGUCGACUUUAGAGCUCAAGUCGUCAUUGUGGUCACGUGGGACCAGGUCUCGUUCUUCGAUCAAACAGGUGCCUCGGAUCCACGAAAUACAUUUCAGGCGGUUCUUAUUCACGACGGACAGGAAUCUUUCGUCCUGCUUAACUAUGACUCUAUCACUUGGGUCGUUGGGACAAGGAUGGAUGGAGAUCCCAAUACAGGUCUCUACCCAGAUACAAAAAUUGGCAUUGCAAUAGUUGGUUUUCUAAUGGAUGACGGUACGAUUAUAAAAAACUUCGCCUACGAACAAGCUACCCUGCUGUCAUUGAGCACAGACAGCAACGUCGACGUUAACGGAGUGUAUGCCUACAAGGUUGACGGUAAUUCAAUAAUCGAUCCGGUCUGCAAUGCUGGGCCUGGAGCAGAGUUGGUUAUCACACCAGCCCGGUGUGGAAUGAUGGGAGGUGAAAAAAUCUACCUCUACGGACCAUGCUGGGCGGUGGAGGCAGUUCAGACCUGUGUCUUCUCUUAUGGCGGAGAAAUCAUUCAGCAAGUCAACGCUACAGUCAUCAACACCAAUGAAGCCUACUGUGUCCCAGAGCCUUUCUUUCUCGUUGGUGAAGUCACCAUUACGGUGUUAGAGGCAGGCGAUGAGCUCGCAAACUCGCCCUCAACAAUCUACUCCGUCAUUGAAAGUGGGAGAAUCACUCCAACUGUCACUAGGCGAGACUCUGAUACUUCCUCGUGGGACAAGGCCGGAAACUCCCUAGCCAUUAGUUGGAACGUAGAUCAAGAAAGCUUUGGCCCCUCCGACAGCGCCCUCUCAAUAACUGUUCUAGCAUACCACGAGGACAACCCUGGGCCUCGAUGGGAAAACGUAUACAUGAUAACAAGCGGCACUGCAGAUGAUGGCUCGUAUACGUUCACUCCGACGGCACAGGUGGACGUGACAGAGGCGAAUGCAUUCGGUGUCAUUCGAAUUACCGGGAUGGAUAACGGUCGUCAACGUGUUCUCUGGAGUGACAUACACACUCUUGGCUAUCUUUUGGAACAGUCUUACCAGGACGAUUCUGUCCAGUGGGCCACGGAGAAAUGCAAAGAGUGGAUUACAGCAGACACCGCCAAGGGCGACUUUCUUAAUAACCUACCGGCUUGCCCGUGCACCCUUGACCAGGCUGAGCAGGACGUCGGGAACUUCAUCACUGAUCCAUCAUGCUACCCAGAAGGCGGAGAAGACACUUGUGCCGAGAACGAAGGAGCCAUACACUGCCUCCUCAGUGCUUAUGCAAGCCCAAUGUCUGGAACCAAAUGCUGCUACGAUGCCAACCGUCUCCUGAUGCACUCCGGGGAUACCAUGUAUGCCGGUAUGGCCGGUCGGUCCCAUAUUCGAGGUUCCAGCCCCUACAUGGCGAGGAACCUAGUCCCGGAACUGUCCCAUUGGUCUAAUGACGUCAUCGCCAAACACUUUUGUUGUGAGUGGGCUGAGGAGAAGGAAUGCUUCGACUACAUCACCUUGAGACCUACCACCGAUUGCGCCAUUUACGAACCCCCAAAUAACGCAUUAUCGUUUGGAGAUCCCCAUUUCAUCACGAUGGAUAGGUACAACUAUACAUUCAAUGGUUUAGGCGAGUUUACCCUUCUCCGUUACGCUACAAGUGGGACAAAGACCGGUGCUUCUGACUUUGAGCUUCAAGCAAGGCAGAUAAAGACUAUGGAUAGGAAUGGUCAACAGGUAGACGUUACACAGCUGUCGUCGGUAGCAAUGAAGGACAGCGGCUCGGACAGUAUCUUCGUUGAGGCGAGCGCAACCAGCGGAAUGGACGUCUACAGGAGGAGCAUGGAUGAAAACGGCGAAUGGCAAUCGGUGUACUUCUCACAGCAGACCUUCACCGAUUUACAAGGGUGUGCCGUGGAUGUCACAAGGUUUGAGCGCGAUGUCGAAAUCUACGGUGUGGUCGUCAUGUUUAAAGAAACCGGCAUCGGGGUCUACGUAACCUACGACUAUGGAAUGCUUGCUGUACGACCGAUCCUCCCUUCAAAGUUAAAUAGCGAUCAUCUGUCUGGGUUGCUAGGCAACAUGGAUGGUGACCCUAGCAACGACCUGACGAGCAGAAACAAUAACAACCCUCUUGAUGACCCGACCGAUGAAGAGAUAUUCCAGUUCGGUCAAACAUGGGAGAUCGAAACUGACUACAGCCUUUUCCGUUAUGUGUCUGGCCUCACCCACGUCGAUUACCACAACUCGACCUUCGUACCCCUUAUGAACGUCAACCUCCCCACCCUGUACCCGGCCUGUAACGAGGUCAGCCAGUGUCUGUUCGACUAUGAGGUGUCUAACGAUGACGUACAGCUUGCCAUGGCUACGCUGGGUGCCUUCGAAGCCUUCGAGAGCAGCUCUGAAAAUAUUAGAAAAAUCGACGCAUGUCCAUAUCAAAUUACACCCUAUAAUGGUACGAAGACGUACUCUUCAGAUUCGAAUAAAUACUUCGAGGACGCCGAGGUCUCAUUCACCUGUGACGAGGGCUUGAUUAUGGUCGGGUCAUCCUACAAGCGAUGUGCGUACAGCGCAGAGGAGGGAAGCUUGAUGUGGACCGGAUCAACAGGCGAUAACGCAUGCAUUGAGUCGUCAUGCGGCGUCCUGGAGACACCCUCCAAUGGCUCGAUCUCCCUCAGCGAAGAUGGCCUAACAGCGACAUUUGCUUGCCAGGAAGGGUUUACCAUGAACGGCGGAAGUGAAUCGGUAUGCCGAGACGCGGUGUGGAGCAGCGGCGCCCCGACUUGUAUCUACUCGCCAUGCGGCGUCCUGGACACACCAUCCAAUGGCUCGAUCUCCCUCAGCGAAGAUGGCUUAACAGCGACAUUUGCUUGCCAGGAAGGAUAUACCAUGAACGGCGCCAAUCAAUCGGUAUGCCGAGACGCGGUAUGGAGCAACGGCGCCCCAAAUUGCACCGACUCGUCAUGCGGCGUCCUGGACACACCAGCCAAUGGCUCGAUCUCUCUCAGCGAAGAUGGCCUAACAGCGACAUUUGCUUGCAAGGAAGGGUUUACCAUGAACGGCGCCAAUCAAUCGGUAUGCCGAGACGCGGUGUGGAGCAACGGCGCCCCAAAUUGCACCGACUCGUCAUGCGGCGUCCUGGACACACCAGCCAAUGGCUCGAUCUCUCUCAGCGAAGAUGGCCUAACAGCGACAUUUGCUUGCAAGGAAGGGUUUACCAUGAACGGCGCCAAUCAAUCGGUAUGCCGAGACGCGGUGUGGAGCAGCGGCGCCCCGACCUGCACCACUGACCCAGACAUUGAUCCCAUCCCAGGCGACAAUAACGCCGUCGUCAUCGCUCUCAGUGUGGUCUUUUCCAUUAUCUUUAUCGUACUCCUCGUCGUUGGCAUAUUCGUGUUUCUGCGACAUCGGCAAUCGGGCCUGUUCAAUUCCGACAAACAAGAACCACAUAACAGUCCGACCAUUUCCACUAAUGGAAUGGAGAACGACGCAAGUAACCGCGAGCAUAUCUCUAUGGAUUUAAAGAAAUGACGCAAUCUUGCGCCAUGUGAGAGCGACAAAGUUCAAGAUUGAAACAAAAUACAAAAUAUAAAAUUCACAUAUUACAUAAUGUACGUUGAAUCAAGAGCGGAAGGGGUUAAAGGUAGGCGUUACUACUGCAGCUAGAAGGGAUUGGACCACACAGCGAGCCAACGAGGUCACUGUGACAGGUGGCUAUCUCAUUAAC